AUGCAUACAUCACUUACCUCACUUCCCCUCCUCCUCGCCGCCACCCUCCUCAUCUCCCCAUCCAUCCUCGCCCAUCCUACAUCCUCCAUCACAGGCCGCGCACCCCUCCACCCAUGUUCCGUCUUCAUCCAAAGAUGGUACAGCGGAUCAUUCGACACGGCCUACUAUUCCGCGGGUCUCACUCCAGACGGACAAGUCCCCAAUGCCAAUUUCUGGAACCAGGAAUCCGUGGACUCAGGCUGGGAGGGUGGUGAACUUGUUCCAUGGCAAGUGGGCUCCAACACGCUUCAUAUCACAAAUGUCGCCAACCCGGUGAAUAAUUCCCCACAGGACCCCGGGAAGUUGAGCUUUGUUUGGGGAAACCAGCAAUGGGAUACGUUCUCACCGGGGAACCCGUGCUUCGUGAAGCCGGUGGGAACUUGGGAGGGGGCUGGGGCAACGACUUAUGCUUGCAAUUUCCAGUGUGAUAAGUAG